GUCCCGCGGGGGCGAGCAGCACCCGGGGUCUGUGUGACCCAGAGCCACGGUCUUUCCUCAGGGCGCUGGGCCGGGCGUGCCGGGAGGCUGGGGGGCUGGCGGUACCGCGCCCGUAGGUAGGUGGUGCUGUUGCAGCGACGUCGUCCCCAUUGGCGCCGCGCGGAGAGGCGGAAUGUUCAACUCCUGACUCCGGCGGAAGCGUGGGAGCAGCGCGGGCCGCCGUCCCCGACCCCCGCCGCCGCUCGCACCCGGCCCGGGAGCCAGACUGCGUGGACGCUUACUACUGUCAUUAUGAGAUGUCGUCUCUCGGCGCCUCCUUUGUGCAAAUUAAAUUUGACGACUUGCAGUUUUUCGAAAACUGCGGUGGAGGAAGUUUUGGGAGUGUUUAUCGAGCCAAAUGGAUAUCACAGGACAAGGAGGUGGCUGUAAAGAAGUUACUCAAGAUAGAGAAAGAGGCUGAGAUCCUGAGCGUCCUCAGCCACAGGAACAUCAUCCAGUUUUAUGGAGUCAUUCUGGAACCUCCCAACUACGGUAUCGUCACAGAGUAUGCUUCUCUGGGAUCCCUGUAUGAUUACAUCAACAGCAACAGGAGCGAGGAGAUGGACAUGGAUCACAUCAUGACCUGGGCCACCGACGUAGCCAAAGGGAUGCACUACUUACACAUGGAGGCUCCAGUCAAGGUGAUCCACAGAGAUCUCAAGUCAAGAAACGUUGUCAUUGCUGCUGAUGGAGUCCUGAAGAUCUGUGACUUCGGUGCCUCUCGGUUCCAUAACCACACCACACACAUGUCCUUGGUUGGAACUUUCCCAUGGAUGGCUCCAGAAGUUAUCCAGAGUCUCCCUGUGUCUGAAACCUGUGACACAUAUUCCUAUGGUGUGGUUCUCUGGGAGAUGCUAACAAGGGAGGUCCCCUUUAAAGGUUUGGAAGGAUUGCAAGUAGCUUGGCUUGUAGUGGAAAAAAACGAGAGAUUAACCAUUCCGAGCAGCUGCCCCAGGAGCUUUGCUGAGCUGUUACAUCAGUGUUGGGAAGCCGAUGCCAAGAAACGGCCAUCGUUCAAGCAAAUCAUUUCGAUCCUGGAGUCUAUGUCCAACGAUACGAACCUUCCCGACCAGUGUAACUCGUUCCUGCACAACAAGGCCGAAUGGAGGUGCGAGAUUGAGGCCACCCUGGAGAGGCUGAAGAAACUAGAGCGAGACCUCAGCUUUAAAGAGCAGGAGCUCAAAGAACGAGAGAGACGCUUGAAGAUGUGGGAACAGAAGCUGACAGAGCAGUCCAACACCCCGCUUCUCUUGCCUCUUGCUGCAAGGAUGUCUGAGGAGUCUUACUUUGAGUCUAAGACUGAGGAGUCCAACAGUGCAGAGGUGUCAUGCCAGAUCACAGCGACGAGUAACGGGGAGGGCCAUGGCGUGAAGCCGAGUCUGCAGGCCAUGAUGCUCAUGGGCUUUGGGGAUGUCUUCUCAAUGAACAAAGCAGGAGCUGUGCUGCAUUCUGGGAUGCAGAUAAACAUGCAAGCCAAGCAGAAUUCAUCCAAAACCACAUCUAAGAGGCGAGGGAAGAAAGUCAACAUGGCCUUGGGGUUCAGUGAUUUUGACUUGUCAGAAGGUGAUGACGAUGAUGAUGAUGGUGGUGGUGGUGGUGGUGAGGAAGAGAAUGACAUGGAGAAUAAUAGUGAAUGACGGCAGAAAGCAAUAAAAUCGAAAAUGGUUGGGUUUUUUUUUUUUUUAACAAACAGAAGAAAUGUAUUAUCUCAGUCUGUGCAAAAAAGCAGCAUAGGGAGGCGAGCACCAAGCACUGCAUCUUAGGCCGAGCUCACGGAGGGCAGUUUCCUCAUGGGGUGACUUUGCUUUUGCAUCCAGAAAAACAAGGCAGGGAAAUUAAGCUAAAAGCAUAUUUAUCAGCGAGUGUGGUGCCUGGUUAUAGAAAUUUGUAGUUACAUACAUAUCACGUUCUUAAGCUAACGACCUUUGGGCCUUUCCUCUUUAAAGUGCAUACUGUGUAGUUUGUAUUUGACAAUACCGUAUUUCCUUCACUCGGUGGGUUGGGACAAGUUCUACUCCUGACUCCACUCUGACGCUUGUUUCUUCCCCAGCACACUGAGGUUUCCUCCUUGUACAAUACACUGUAAUGGCGGAAGCGAUUGAUGACUGUAAAACCCAGUUACACAAAAAAAAAAAGGCUGAGAUAAAAGAUUAUUUUUUAAAAAUGCUUCUUCAGAAAUACCUAAAUGCCAAGAAUUUUCAAACCAAAUAGCACACAGCUCCUCCAAGUAAAACCCGAAUGGUGUUCUCUAGUGACAUUUGAAGGAGAAACACUCUGAUUUGAAGCAAGCAGCAGACAGUGCAAGCUUGCAUCCCCCAUGCUGGCUGGAAACAUCCUAAUAUGAGCACACUGUCACCCUAGGCUUAGCUUGUCCUUUGCACAGAAGCACAUGGUCCCACAGGGACCUGUCUAGGCACGAACAGGCUGAGCACACUCUUGCUCUGAACAUCCAACAAAGACACUCUGCUUUUUGUUUUCCAGAGGUACAUAAUAAUAAUCCUAGAUUUUAACCUAUGUGCAGGAAAAAUGCACACUAUAAAUAGGAAAGACAAAUUAUCCUUCUUAGACACAAGUGCAUUCCGACACAGCGUCGCCCCCACCUCUUUCUUUCCUUUUCCUGUGCUCUGUGAUGUUGGGUUGAGAAAUAAACUCAGGUGCUACUUACCAUGAAGGCCAGGCUACCUAGAGACACUCUCAGUAGACAAGCUUAUCUCUCAAAACCUACUGGAGCGAUAAACUCCUAUAAAAACUACAACCAGAUCAAAGGCAAAACAAAACUAAACUCUUGAUCAGCCUAACUCAGAACGAGUGUCAUUCACUAGACAACGAAAAUGAAGCGGCUGUGGUGGGCCUCUUUGUUCAGAAGCACUAACAUCAGGUGGGUGUGUCCACAAUCCUGGCACUUGGAGGCUGAGGCCGAGGGACAGUGAGUUUAGUAACAGCCUGCUUGAGCUGCACAGCAAGACUCUGUCCCAAGAAAGGAUUAGAAGCCACCUACUAAUGUUUAUGAGGAUGUUCGCCUACUAAGUCUUUGGGAAUCUGAGAUGAGAUGUGCUUCUAAUCCUCCUGGAGAAUGGAAAAGUACCACCAAAAUGAGAAGCGUACACUACAGCUUCGUGGGGGGGGGGGGGAGUAACCAGUGCAGCGUUCUGGGUGUCUGUCUGCUGGGCAGUCAUGGUCAUGACAGGAAGAGGAUCAGAAGAAGGUGUGUGACCCUGUAGCAUAGCGCCAGGCCGCGGCAGGUGCCACAUCGCACCGGCGACAGUUAACUGCCAAGUGAAAGGGACACUGAGAAAUGGUGGGUUCAGUAACCUUCUGGGUUACCAAACCAUCGAUUGCAAGUGAGGCUUGCUCAGAAGUAUGAAGCUAAAAGUAGAGAGCUUUCAGGAGAAAUAGAGAGAGCAGUUCUUAGGAUGUAAAGUGUGCAAACAGAUUUAAUUCGGUUGCUCUGGGAACCUGUGUACCGUGGCCAGGUCCACCUGUACUGGGUGUUUACGGGCAGGUCCGGGUACAGUCCGCCUGAGAUGGCUCCCCCUCCUGCCUGCCCUGCUCUAAUCCUCUGCACAUACAUAUUCUAGACUGGUAGCCAGGCCACUAAAACAGAACAACUUAGGGGGAGCAGAAGGGAUGCCUAGCAAUUCCUGCUUCCCCAGUAUGCUGCAAGUACUUGAAGGAGACAGUGGCAGCAGAUGCAGGGUCUUAAAGCCUCUUGCACAUCUGCCCAGGAAAAAAAUAGAGGCUUUUGAUCAACAGGUCUACCGAGUUCUCGAGAACAGCUAGAUGACUGCCUGCUAGUGAGUGUGCUGUCGGGAAAGCGUGCAUCACAGAAUGCUGUGGUUUGAAGUGCGUGCUAGAGACUAAAGCAAGACUGAAGGAAGAGGAGGCUGGUGGGGUCAGAAAAGGCCUGGCUGAUGGGUACCAUUUGCAGACCUGAAGGUGAAGGGAUCUCUAUGAGGAAUGAGUUCUCCCCUAGAAGGAAGAACACACAUACACCUCACCACCCGCUAAUCAAGAGUUGGUUUAGAACAUACAAACGCCAUCGAAAUAAUGUUGUUUUCCUAAAUUAAUACCUAAAUCCAUAUUCUAUAUAAAAAUUUUAGUGCAUGAAAAGCCAGCCAGAUAGUGUCACUGAGGGGAAGGUGCUGGGUUCUAGCCACAGACUUAGGUUUACCAUUACCAGGCAUAUGUCUGCCAUCUCUUAACUGCUGCUUCUUCUCCACCAAUGUUGCAGCCAUGCUCAUAGCUCAGUACUCAGUCAUGGAGGACUUGGGGCGGGACAGAACCAGCCUUGGUGAAGAGCUUCUAACACUUCUGUCUGGAGCCAUAUAAUACACCAUUGGCUGUUUGACGUCUGCUCCAACACGUCAGGCAUGGUGGUGCACGCCUUUAAUCCCAGCACUCGGGAGGCAGAGGCAGGAGGAUCUCUGUGAGUUCGAGACCAGCCUGAUCUUCAGAGUGAGUUCCAGGACAGCCGAGGGGGUGGGGGGAAAUUGCUCAAGCAUACCUGAAAUCUGGCUCAUAUAAACAGGAUCCUUUAGGGGUCUCACACCAUCUGUAAAAAUUACUAGAAAGCUGUAGAUUCAAUUAAUUUCAUAAAGAAAUGUCUAUUAGCCACGUGCAGAAUUUCUAAUAAUGCAAACGUGGCGCUAGCUCAGUGCUUGGAUCAGUUUUUGAAAGGACAAACGAUCAGUGUUAGAUUUCAUUCCAAAGACCUGACUUACAAAGAAACACACUUCAGAAGUUAAAUCCCAAAACAACGUCAAGGUUCAGAAUGAGAAUUAGAACUCUAGAGUGUCGUAACAACUGUCAGCCUGACAGCUGAAUACAUCACCAGUUAGCUUUCUUUACUGGUAAAGCUGAGCACGUAGAAUUUGAGGACCCCUGAGGUAGUUCCUAGCGGGGAUGUAAUGUCACCUUGACCAGCCAGAGUACUGCCUAGCCUGGUGGCAUCCCGCUUGCCAGGGACAGCCCCACCUUGCAAAGAUUCCCAUCCGAAAUCCCCACAGCACUGUCCAGUCCCUCACACGUCUGCGAGUCCAGCUCUAGUUUUUCCCCAGACAAAAUUACCCCAGCCUUUUCAGAACGCUAACAACAUCUCCUGCAUUUUAGGAAGUUAUAGCUUUUUCUCAGAACCCUGGUUGCGGAAAUGAUUUCCAGUUGCUGGCAGGAAUGCUCUGAAAUGACUGCACCUACCUGCGAGAGGGGUGCUGGCCCAUUAAGGUGACUCCACAAUGGUACAGCCCAGGUGGAGAUGCUGUCGUUCUGCAGAGUCAUUUCAAGGGAAUUUUUUCUCAUCUUUUUUUUUUUAAGCACAUUUUUAUUGUUUCAUGAAUCACCAGUGGGAUACGGUUGAAGGCACAGGGCACACUGCUUUUGAUGCUCUGAAAAUACUGAGGACUGUUUUGGGUUUGUUUUUUGUUUUGUUUUUUUUCAACCCGUAACUUUAAAAACAAAAUGCAAUGAAUUAGUUAGACUUUAAACACCAGCUGAGGUAUUCACACCUGAUCCCCAUUAAAAUCAAAGGGCCUAGAGGAAGGGAGGGACUUAGCAGAGACUCAGACCCAUUUCCCUUCAAGUUACUGUGCAUGUAUAUAACUUGAGUUUUUCAUUAGCGUGUUAAGAUGAAAGAUGGUUUUAAAACCUAGUGAGUUAAAUACGGAUACUUUGAAAACGAUUUUGCCACACUAGACCGGGGCAGCCUUGUGAAACUCGUCGAGUCCCGCUACACCACAGACACACAGGAGAGCCUAAUUCUUUCUAUAAUCAGGCACCGUCUGCUGCUUUCGAGAAAGGCCGCUUUCCUGGGUAGACUUCCCCACUGCCGCAAGAGGCUCCACCCUGCUGGAUGUAGGGUAGCCCGGCGGCAUUCUGUGAUUGAAAGAUGAAUGUCUAUCAGGAAAUCGGGACAGGCCCUGUCUUCUCGGACCCUAGCUUUGUGGGCACUGUGUUGCUUGUGUGAGAAACUUUCUGGCAUGUGGUUAGCUAUUUCAAACUAGAGUUCGGGCACUAGGCAACUGGUUUACAGCGUGUGCGAAUACUCUUAAUUCCGACCUGACACACUGCUUUUGCACUCUAGGGAACUGCUAUAGAGAACGUUUCUACCCUUUUUGAGUGUGAGCUUUUAAUAGGCGGCAUCACCGCUGUGUUUCCAUAACAAUCUUCCCCCCCCUUCGCUCUACUGCAAUGUUAUUCUGAGCAAGUCUUAUGCCAAAUGCUGUGUAUAAUGUCUGUAUGGGAGAUUAAACUGCGAUCCUGUUUGGUCAGACUGUGUAGUUGCCGGCUUCAUAGUUGGAAUUUGAUAUUCCAGCACCGAGUCCACAAUGUGUUCAGAAAUCCAAGUUGGUGUCAUACAUUUCGUUCUGAUGUGAACUUUUCUCUGCUUUCCUUUGUUCUAAGACUCCAUUUUGCAAUAAACGUUUUGACAGUAAA